GGAGGAGGGGGAGGCGGGGAGGUUUUCGGCUCUCUCCUUCCUCUGGGAGCGGCGCGGGAGCCGAGCCUUGGAGACAGCGCUUGACCGGCGGCGGCUGCAGAGGCUUAGGCUCGAGGAGCCACCAACGCUCUCAAACCUAGUUCAGGGUGGGGAGGAGGGGGUAGCCCAGCAGGCCCGAGCCCCUCCCCCCACGCGGGCGACGGUGGGGGCGUGGGAGGGGUGCCCCUCCUUCCUAGACCCCCCCCCCAUUCUCUCCCCUUGCAGCCCCAGAGCUCCCCGGCCGGGCUGCCGCCGCCGCCGCCGCUGCUGCUGCUGCUCCCACGGCCGCUUCCCCAGCCCUGACCCCUCCCCUACGCUGAGAGUCACCCUUCGGCUCGGGGUUGAGCCUGCCUUUUGUUCCUUGUGUGGGUGUGAGAGCGAGUGGGGUCGGGGGUCCCGGACCGCCUGCACAGCCGCGGUGGGUCCGGGCUGACCUCUCCCCCACUCUACUCCCCAAUCCCCCUAAGUAACCCCGGGGCUCUGUUUCCCUUCCCGUUUUGGCAGAUCACCCGUUAGCUUCCGAUCAUGGCAGUUCAGGCUCUAAGGGAUCAACAUCAAGACUGUACAAUCUUCUCAGGGGACCCAAACUCCUCCUCAGCAUUAAUGGGAAGUUCUGAUUCUUCUCCCCUGCUUCUUCAGUCAUCAAAUUGUAGAUGGAGAGCAAGAUUUCUCUAAUCUCUCUUUGUAUUCAUAGCAUUUAGAAACAUUUCACAUAGUUAUGGCUUCCAGUUUUUUGCCUUUGAGACUCAGAAGAAAAUGAUUUUAUAAGGUCUUUGCUUCAGAUCAUUCACUAAAAUAAAACUUUCAUAGGACAUAAACUUGCUGACUACCAAAUUGCAUCUAUUUGAAGGGCUUUAAAAAUAUAACAGAAAAUAAAAAUGACGACUUCCUCUAUAAGACGACAGAUGAAAAACAUUGUGAACAAUUAUUCAGAGGCUGAAAUUAAAGUUCGAGAAGCAACCUCCAAUGACCCUUGGGGUCCUUCUAGCUCUUUAAUGACUGAAAUAGCAGAUCUGACUUACAAUGUGGUGGCAUUUUCUGAAAUCAUGAGCAUGAUCUGGAAACGGCUAAAUGACCAUGGGAAAAACUGGAGACAUGUGUAUAAGGCCCUGACCCUCUUGGAUUACCUGAUUAAAACUGGCUCAGAACGAGUAGCACAGCAGUGUAAGGAAAAUAUAUUUGCUAUCCAGACACUAAAAGAUUUCCAAUACAUUGAUCGAGAUGGUAAAGAUCAAGGUAUUAAUGUAAGGGAAAAGUCUAAACAGCUGGUGUCCCUUCUGAAGGAUGAUGAGCGACUUAAAAUUGAGAGGGCUCAAGCCCUGAAGACCAAAGAACGAAUGGCUCAAGUGGCCACUGGGGUUGGUAGUAACCAGAUUACCUUUGGUAGAGGUUCUAGUCAGCCUAACCUGUCAACUAGCUACUCGGAACAAGAAUAUGGCAAGUCUGGAGGUUCCCCAGCAUCUUAUCAUGGCUCUACCUCCCCUCGUGUUUCUUCAGAGCUGGAACAGGCUCGACCACAGACAAGUGGAGAAGAGGAACUUCAGCUACAGCUUGCAUUAGCAAUGAGCAGAGAAGUUGCAGAGCAGGAAGAACGUCUCAGACGUGGAGAUGAUCUAAGGUUACAAAUGGCCCUUGAAGAGAGUCGUAGAGACACUGUUAAAAUUCCAAGAAAGAAAGAGCAUAAUACUCUGUUGGAUUUGAUGGAUGCCCUACCCAAUUCAGCUGCUGCUCCCCAGAAGGAAGAACCAUGGGGAACAUCAACUGUAACCAAUCAGACUGACCCCUGGGGAGGAACUGCAACUACAUCAACUACUUCUGAUCCUUGGCAAUCAUUUGGUGCCAAUCCUGCUGUCCCUGUUGAUCCAUGGAGAGCAUCUACUACAUCUUCUACUCAGUCACUUCCAAAGAACACAGAUCCAUGGGUACCUUCCCAGUCAAGUAGUGGAGUAGCAAAAUCUACCACAGAUCCUUGGGGACCAACGUCUACUAACAAAACUAUUUCCACUUCUGGAUCUUUUGAUCUCUUCAGUAACUUGAAUGGUACACUUAAAGAUGACUUUUCUGAAUUUGACAACCUUCGAACUUCAAAAAAGACAGCUGAAUCCAUUUCUUCUAUACCAUCCCAAAACAACGGUACAUCAAGUCCAGAUCUCUUUGAUUCUCAACCGGUGAAUUUGGCCUCAAGCAAACAUAGUGGAGCUCGAAAAACACCAGAGUCUUUCUUGGGCCCCAAUGCAGCCUUAGUGAAUCUGGACUCUCUAAUAACUAAGCCAUCACAACCUGUUCCUUCACUGAAUCCAUUCUUAGCUCCAGGUUCUUCCACAGCACCAACUCCGAUCAAUCCUUUCCAGGUGAAUCAGCCUCAGCCCCUGACAUUAAACCAGAUGAGAGCAAGCCCCAUCAUGGGAACAAGUCCUUCUUUCAGUACAUCAAUGAGCAUGGAGCCAAUACCUCUGCCUUCCAUGGCACCAGUAGCUGUUGGAAUGGCGCCAAUACCAUCUUUGGGCAGUGUGACAUCUCUGACUAGAAUGGGCCAAGGGAUCACCAUUUCAGGAUCUAUGUCCCAACCUCUUCAUAGUACAGGAGUUCCUCCACCUGCAUCCCAGUCCACAAGUACAACCAAUCCUUUCCUUUUAUAACAUCCCAAAUGAACAGAGCUUCCUUUCCAGAACAUUUUGCAGAUUGAAGUCUUCAUUGGAGUAAAAUGAACAAAACUCUGUUUGGACUGAAUGAUGUGCAAGAGAUUUGAACAUAAAUUUGUGGUUUACAGUCAUGACUUUGAGAAGAGUUGACUUCUACUGGUUCACCUAACUCUAGUCUUGGCAGAUGGUCCCUAACUUCAGUUAUUAGGCAUUUCUUAAAAUGUUCUGAUGAUCCAGAAGUGAAAUUGGUCUGUCUGUAUUGGUUAUCAGUACCCUUUAGGGAGAAGCCUGCCAUUUCAGGUCCCUCCAUAAUCUUUUGCAGAUUUCAGAACAAUGUUCUGUAUUCUAAAAUUAUCCCCUGCAUUAGUCAUUUCUCUUAGUCAUUGGAGAUAUAAGACAGAGUGCUAGUGACUGCUUUUUGCACAUAACUAUACAGUUCCUGACUGUUGGUUCACCCAUAGUCCUUAUUCUUAGGAGAAUAGUUGGGCAUACAGAAGACCAGAUUUACACGUCAAAACUUGCAACACAAAAUCACGCCACUUUCUUCUCAUAACUUUGGAUGCAGAAAGCAGGUUUGCUCCAAAACUUCACUUGAGAGUUCUUACACUGUCAAGCAUAAGAUGUGAUGUCUGCAGUGUUAAUCUUAUACACUACUAUAUGGGGACUCUUAGUGACUUUUCUGGGGAUGGCAUGCUACACUCGUGUUAAAUGAGGCUUCUGCUAUGUGCUUGUCCAGUAGUGACUUUUUUUUUUUUAAUUAUUGUGUGCAUUUUAUUUUUAUUUGACUUACCACAUAAGUUGAAAGAAAAAAUGCAGUGGAACAACUUUUGAAUUAAAUUCACUAGGGCAAGCUUUAAAACUAAUUCAGGCUUAACUUUGCUAUAUGCAGUUAUUCUUGUAUACUUUUGCACAUAUUUUGUUUUUAGUACAGUUUCAUAUUUGAGUUUGCAAAAUUAUCAAAUAGUCCUUUUUGCUAACAUUUUUAUAAUGUGGUUCUUAUUUAACUGUCUAGUUUUGAUAGAAUUUUAUCAGGUCUGGCUGAAUUAAAAUAUUGGCAGGUGUCAUUUUUAUGGUUUAAAAUGCUCUCUUAUUUAUGGUUUUUAGCUCUGUUUCUGUAAGGGAAUUUUAAAGGAAAGAAAAACACUAAAAAAAAAACUUUGAACAAUAAUUCACAAUGAAAAAUGAAAGCAAAUUCUUGAGACUUUAUACAAAAAACAAAGAUGGGAAUUUGAUUACACUUACUAAGAUGACAUUUAUUUAAAAAAGAAAAAAACAACAGCCUCAAGUUGCCUUUUCCUUUUUUCCCCUUUUUGGUACCUUUCCAAAAUGAACCGACUUUUAGCCUUUGUAGGUAGAUCAUGAGAGAGGCUAUUUUUCUUACUGUAAUAUCCACAUCUUGAAAUUUAAAAAAUUCUAAUGUAUGAAUGUGACUCUAAAUUUUUAUCAAUUAAUUAUUUUUUACAAAAGGCACUUUUCCAGGUUAACAAUUAGGUUAGUUCUCUUUACAACUUGAAUUAUAAGUUGAACACCACAUCUUUAACUCUGCAUGAUUUUGAUUUGAUCUAUUUUAAUCCUUGCUUGAGUUAAAGAUGAUUUAAUAUCAUUUGUACACAAAACUGGCUUGUAAAAAAAAAAGCUGGUAGCUUUUUUUUCCCCUAAUGAUUUUAUUUUCACUCACCACCUUCCAAAAUUCCACAAGUUACAUUCAAAGGUGCAUGAAUAAGAGUUCUGACCCCAACUAAGUCUUUUUGUCAGAACAUUGAUGAAAUGAACUAAAUGUCAGUGUUGGGAAGGGAGGUAGGGGGAUGUCAGAACUAGAUUCUCAGCUGUGCUCUUAACUGUAUAUAUUGAAAUAACCUAAAAAUAGCAUGACACAUAAGGGAUUGAGUUGUGCCCUUUAGUCAAGGUUUGGAAAAUAGUCCAAACUUUACUAUUGUCUCUGAUGUCAGCCAUGCAGGUUGAAAUUAAAUUAACUUCAGAGUCCUCAAAAUACUAAAAAUUUAGAUGUUAACAUAUGCUCAUUCCUCUGCCUAUUACUUUUGAAUUUAUGAAGACAGAUUUUAAGAAUGCUCAUCUGAGAUGUUGGGGGGUGGGGGGAACAUUAUGUUAUCAACAAAGAGCGCAUUAAUGUUACUUAUGCCCUGCCCUACUAUCCCCACUAAAAGAUAUAAAAAAAAAAUUUGUUAGGUAUUGUAGUCCAGAAGCAUCUCAUUUCUAAGAAUAGGAAUUUUCUAGGCUUUGAUAUUGGCAUAUGAAAAAUGCACUUUCCAGUUGAACUGUGGCAAGAAGGUUUACCCUAUUUAUUUUUUGGGUUUGAUUAUUCAUAAAUAAAUUCCCCAUUUAAAAAAAUUCUGCUAGUAUAUACAAAGUUUUAAUAGAAAUAUAAAGUUGUCAUUACAGGUUCGGUGGAUUUUAGUCAUGUAAGAGUAUUAGGGAUUUUUUUUUUCCUUGGGAUCAGGGAGAGUAACUGAUUUUUACAGCUGAAAAUAGGAAACACCAUCAUGGAGGUGUGAAUAAAAGGCUGUGAAUCUGGGAGAAUAAUUUGCAUGCUCUUAUUUAAACCAUUCAACCAAGCCACUUUAAAUAUUCUCUACACACUUUCUUUCUCUCUUAGGAAAACAAAAAUCACACUUCUUAAUUACUUAAGCAAUUAUGUCAGGCAGUGUUUGUGAGCAACUCAGAAGCCAAUUUUGGGUGAGGGUAAAGGGGAAACAAGACUAUCUCUACAGGUUUCAGGACCCUGAUUUCAUUUCCAGCCUGGAGCAACCUCUGGCUGUUAUGAACUAAGUCUGUGGAAAAGAUUCAGCUUAUAUGCUUGUUUAGUAUUUGCCAAAGGUGGCAGACCUGGGCAGCUUUAGCUGAUAUAAAAAGGUCCAUCGUGUUCAAGUUUUAAAGCCAUUUCAGGAUCAUUAGCUACUCUCCUCUGAUGGGCCAUCAUGUGAGUUCUCCCUUUUCCUCUCCUUUUAAUCACCUUCCCACCCCUUUUUUUUAUUAAAAGAAAUUUUUGUUUUGUUUGUCCCUUUCCCCUCUUGGAUUUUAACUUUCCCAAUAAGGUGCUUUGGUCAGAUAUGUUAGGGACCCAAAAAUAGCCUUACUGGUCAAAUUGACCCAAGUUCAAAUAGUGUUAGCAAUUCUUUUGUAUAAAACAAACAAAAAGCAAAAAAAAAACUUGGUAUGACUUUGAACCCUAAAGUGUGGUCAGUUAUUUAUUCGGUCAGUUUUAUACUCUCUAGAAACCAUAGUAUGUGCUGGAGGAGACCUAGGACAGGAGGGGAAAAGGGAAGGGGGGACCCUGCCGGUCGGGGGUAGGGGCUUUGGGUGGGUGGGUUCCAUCUUGUGCUGUUUACAGUCUUUCUGAGCUCACACGAAGUACAGCUCAUGAUAUUCUCCAUCUUCCCUUUUGCUGUUACUAUUUCUAAUGUGUACUGUAUGUAUUAAUAUUGCACAGAUUGUGGAAAAAUUAUAUGGUUUAUUUUUCACAAGUGGAAUCUCACACAAACCUUGCUUACUUUUUACAAGUGUUACAACUGAAACAUUUACCAAACUGUUUUCAUAAUCCUGGAGCAGGCUGCUUUUUUGAAUUUGUGCUGACUAUUGACACUAUUUACUGUAUAAAUAUAAUUUAUCAUUUGUAUCAUAAUGUUAUGUAUCUCUUUGUGUCAUUUUUUUUUACCCUGAAGAUGUCAUACUGACAUGUUUAAUGCCAGCAGAACGAUGGAAAGAAGAGGGCCUGUAGCUGCACUGGUCAGAAUUAAAACUGUAUUGCUUACA